CUAGGGGGUGAGUGCCCGGCCAGUGUGCUCUGGAAGCGGGCUCAGGUUCUGCUCGGAUCAGGAUUCAUGGCGGCGCGGCCACUGUCCCGGAUGCUGCGGCGGCUCCUGAGGUCCAGCGCCCGGAGCUGCAGCUCAGGGGCUCCGGUGACACAACCCCGCCCCGGGGAGUCCGCGCGAGCUGCCUCGGAGGAGCUGUCCAGGCGGAGGCAGUUCCUGAGGGAGCAUGCGGCCCCCUUCUCCGCCUUCCUCACAGACACCUUCGGCCGGCAGCACAGCUACCUGCGGAUCUCACUCACGGAGAAGUGCAACCUCAGAUGUCAGUAUUGCAUGCCUGAGGAGGGCGUCCUGCUGACCCCCAAAGCCAACCUGCUGACCACAGAGGAGAUCCUGACCCUCGCCCAGCUCUUUGUGAAGGAAGGCGUCGACAAGAUCCGGCUCACAGGUGGAGAGCCGCUCAUCCGGCCAGACGUGGUGGACAUUGUGGCCCAGCUCCAGCGGCUGGAAGGGCUGAGGACCAUAGGUGUUACCACCAACGGCAUCAACCUGGCCCGGCUGCUGCCCCAGCUUCAGAAGGCUGGUCUCAGUGCCAUCAACAUCAGCCUGGACACCCUGGUGCCUGCCAAGUUUGAGUUCAUCGUCCGCAGGAAAGGCUUCCACAAGGUCAUGGAGGGCAUCCACAAGGCCAUCGAGCUGGGCUACAACCCUGUGAAGGUGAACUGUGUGGUGAUGCGAGGCCUUAACGAGGAUGAACUCCUGGACUUUGCGGCCUUGACCGAGGGCCUCCCCCUGGACGUGCGCUUCAUAGAGUACAUGCCCUUUGAUGGCAACAAGUGGAACUUCAAGAAGAUGGUCAGCUAUAAGGAGAUGCUAGACACUGUCCGGCAGCAGUGGCCUGAGCUGGAGAAGCUGCCAGAGGAGGAAUCCAGCACAGCCAAGGCCUUUAAAAUCCCUGGCUUCCAAGGCCAGAUCAGCUUCAUCACAUCCAUGUCUGAGCAUUUCUGUGGGACCUGCAACCGCCUGCGAAUCACAGCUGAUGGGAACCUCAAGGUCUGCCUCUUUGGAAACUCUGAGGUAUCCCUGCGGGAUCACCUGCGAGCUGGGGCCUCCGAGCAGGAGCUGCUGAGAAUCAUUGGGGCUGCCGUGGGCAGGAAGAAGCGGCAGCAUGCAGGCAUGUUCAGUAUUUCCCAGAUGAAGAACCGGCCCAUGAUCCUCAUCGAGUUAUUUUUGAUGUUCCACGAUUCCCCACCAGGCAAUCCAAGCAUUUCCUCCUGGGACCCCCUCCAUGUUCAGGGUCUAAGACCCAGAAUGAGUUUCUCCAGCCAGAUGGCCACUUUAUGGAAAGGAUACAGAGUCCCCCAGACCCCUCCUCUAGCUCAGCAGCGGCUGGGGUCUGGCUCCUUUCAGAGACACUACACUUCCCAUGCAGACUCAGAUGCCAACUCAAAGUGCCUUAGCCCAGGUUCCUGGGCUCCUGCUGCCCCCUCAGGACCCCAGCUAACCUCAGAACAACUAACUCAUGUGAACUCGGAAGGACGGGCAGCUAUGGUAGAUGUGGGCAGGAAGCCAGACACAGAGCGGGUGGCUGUGGCUUCAGCCGUGGUCCUCCUGGGACCCGUAGCCUUCAAGCUUGUCCAGCAGAACCAGCUCAAGAAAGGAGAUGCCCUGGUGGUGGCCCAGCUGGCUGGAGUCCAGGCAGCCAAGGUGACCAGCCAGCUGAUCCCUCUGUGCCACCACGUGGCCCUGAGCCACAUCCAGGUGCAGCUGGAGCUGGACAGCACGCACCAUGCCGUGAAGAUCCAGGCAUCUUGCCGGGCUCGGGGCCCCACCGGGGUGGAGAUGGAGGCCCUGACCUCUGCUGCAGUGGCCGCCCUCACCCUGUAUGACAUGUGCAAGGCUGUCAGCAGGGACAUCGUGUUGGAGGAGAUCAAGCUCAUUAGCAAGACUGGCGGUCAGCGCGGGGACUUCCAUCGGGCUUAGCACCUGCCCUUCUCACCCAUGGCCCACUCAGGCCUGGAGCUGGGAUGCAAUGUAGGCUGAGGGAAAGACGUCAGGUUCCUUUAAUCACAGUCACUGUUUACCUUGAGCAGUAAACCCGAAGUCAGCCUGCUCUACUACUAACAAGCCUGCUGCUAGAUGAUCUCUAAUGACCAAUGGGGCUUCCUUUCUAUAGGGAGGAUACCAGCAGGCCCUUAAGCCUUCCAGGACACUAAGGUCAUGGGAGCGGGACUGCAACAAGCAAUGCCAGAUAACUGAGAAAUCAUGUUCUUUGUGGACUAUUUCGGACAACCAGGCUCUGACAGUCCAGCCCGGAACUUUUCCUUCUCAUUUUGGGUUUUCUCUUCUCCUACUUUCCUGGGGAGAGAUUAAGGGUUCAUUAAGCAGAGGAGCCCACUUUGAGGAGAGCAAAGCACAAGCUUGCCUGAAGAAUGGAUCCCAACUUCUCCCCAGCAGCUCUGCCUCCCUAAGUAAGUCUGUGAAGCCACAGCCCUGCCCUGUCCUGACUUCAUCUCUCCUGCCCAAGUCUGUGUCCCAUCAGACUUGCAGCCUUUCAGCUUAACAGUUGCCUAGUCCUGCCGGCCCCUUUUCUUCAGGCCCCCCUCCUCCGAAACAGGAUGUGCACACGUGGGCCAUAGCCCUAAGGACUCCUGCCGGACCACACGGCCCACACCUGGCCCCGUUCACGGCUGUUCCACCCACCCCUCUUUAUUCCGGAGCAUAUUCGGGAAAGAAGAGUUGAUGAUAGAUUGCCUUCGCCCUCACAGCGCACAAAUAAAGCUACGAUGCCAACUUUGCAGAUGCAAGAAUGAAGACACUGUGGCUACUACAGCCCCAGCCCCAGAAGUUGGACGCAAGUGAAAGGCAGAAGAUAGGCAGCUGAGAGUAGGCCCAGCUCACCGGUCUCCACUGGCAAUAACCCUGAGCCGGGGAUUAGGUUGGAAAGUGAGAAACACGGGGAAGGGCAGAAGGGCCAAGAGCUGGUUGGGCCAGUCUCAAAGAGGAUGAAAGGCCAACUCGGAGUGUGGUAUUGAAUAAGAGCCUUGAUGGAGUUUUAGAAAGAUUUUGUCUAGAUACAGCCAUCCCAUCCACGAAGGCCAGCAUGAGAUGGACAAAAUGGAAGGUAGGAGUGGAUGGGAGGACCAGAAGGAGCCCCUCGCAAGUCGGGCUGAAGAACCAAAUUGGGUACCAGAAGUGGGGUGGCCCCCCUCUCAGCCUUCCUCCUUGGCACCUUCAGGUGAUGUGCUCCCCAGAGGAUGUCAGCCUUCCUCCUCCAUCCCCAUCUCCCCAGUUUCCCUUGCCUGCUCUGCUGUUUGCCCCAUCCGAACGCCUGAGAGGAGGGGCCACCCUUAGAGACAGCAUGUUAAUGUGGAGGGCAGCUCUGGCCCUCAGACCUCUCAGGAACCAACUCUCCAAUGCCAGUGGACACAUGGUUCCAAGUGGCCACCUGCAGGCUGGACAGAGGCCGCUGUGGCUUCUGCCUUGAGGCUAGUGUUAGAGAAGGGGUGGGAGGGCCUGAGCGAUUUAUAUGAAGUAGAGAGCUGUGGGAUGGAGCUAAGCAUUCAAGUGCUGCCCUCUGCUGAGGGGCUAUAGGGGACUCCAAGGCAACAUUUGAGGUCACUGUCUGGCUUCACAACAAUGGCCAGGUGUCCAGGAGAUGGGGACAUGGGAGAUGCCCAAAAGGCAUGAGGUGUGGUGAUGAAUGAGGUCUGUCUUGAGCCCCUCGCCAGAUUCAUCAAGCACCUGGUAGUGAGCCAUAGCUGUGGAAACCCAAGGUGAGUCUUCUAGGACUGUGGAUUAGUAGACAGGAUGGAGGUGACGGUAGAGAAGGAAGGGAAAGAUACUUAAGACAUGCAGGGAGAGGCCAGAGGACUUGUGACAUGGGAAA